AUGCACCCGCAGUACGACCGCGGUACGCGCGCAAGUAUAGUAACUCGCCAGAGUUUCCCCGCUUCACAACAUAGCGCUGGUAGCGAGAAGCCCAGAGUAGAUUCACACAAGUCGCUGGACGACUGUGGGAACACGCCGUUGGCUACAGACUCGUACCAAGUGGAAGAACCUGAGGGAGAACAGACUCAUGCAUCUGGCCAGUUGUGGCCACAGCUAGUCAGUUGUAUGAGGAGCUGA